AUCAAAUUAGAGGGAGAGAAUGACACCGCAAACGUGUAUUCUUCUCUCUUUGGAAACCAUUCCUUCGUCUUUCCAGAACUAGGGUUGGGGCCUCCGACUCUUCCUUCUCGUCCCCGUCGUUGCUUCAGACGGAGAAGGACGACGGCCGAUGAGCCUCUUCUUGAUUUCUCUCACCAUGGCCGCUCAAUCGCCGUCACCGGACCCCGACUUCCCAUUCUCCGCAUGGUACGGCAACAUCCAGUACCUCCUCAACAUCUCCGCCGCCGGAGCCGCCUCCUGCGUCCUCCUAUUCCUACUCGUUAAGCUCCGCUACGACCACCGCCGCUUCCCUGGCCCCUCCGCGCUCGGUGCCAGGCUGCUCGCCGUCUACCACGCCACCCCCGCCCAAAUCGCCCUCCACUGCGGCGCCGACGCUGCCCAGUUCCUCAUCGUCGAGCGCGCCAGCUUCUUCGUCCUCCUCGCCGUCUCCCUCAUAACUCUCCUCUCCGCUUUUCCCCUCAACCUCUCUGGCCCCGUCCCUCUCGCCGACCCCUUCGCCCGGACUACCAUUUCCCACAUCCACUCCGGCUCUCCGAUCCUAUGGUUGCACUUCCUCCUCGCCGCCCUUAUCGUUUUCGUUUCCCACCUUGGCAUCUCGCGGAUGGAGGAUGACCUGAGUGUUACAAGAUUCCGUGAUGGCAACGGCAACCCCAGCGAAUCCAAUUCGGGCUCUAUUGCAAUCUUUACUAUGAUGGUGCAGGGUGUUCCCAAAUCCCUAGCUUCCAACAAGGCCCCACUCGAAGAGUUCCUCCAGCACCGAUAUCCCGGUAAGGUGUAUCGCGUGGUUGUGCCCUUUGAUCUAUGCACCCUGGAGUACCUCACCUUGAAAUGGACCAACCUUCAGUAUGAAAUCUCAUGGCUGGAAACUCACAUGCACUCCCGAUCACUAUUGAACGACGACGAUGAUGGCCACGAAAGCAGCCAGAUCUAUGAGCAUGCAUGGCUGAGGAAGGCGAAAGAAAUCUGGGCAAUGACCUCUGUGAAAUUAGGCUUCACGCAGGAAGAGAGAUUCAGAAAGCUGCAAAGUUUGAAGUUGGUUCUGCAGAACAAGCUUUCAGAAUACAAGGAAGGAAGGGCUCCUGGUGCUGGUAUUGCAUUUGUGGUCUUUAAGGACGCGUACACUGCCAAUAAGGCAGUGAGAGACUUGAGAUCGGAGCGGAAGAGAAGAUCCAUUGGCCAGUUCGUCCCUGUGAUGGAGCUCCAGCUGGGGCGGAGCCGGUGGAGAGUUGAGAGGGCUCCUCCUGCUGUUGACAUCUAUUGGAAUCAUUUGGGCUUGAACAAGCUCUCAUUGCGAUUGAGGAAGAUUGCUGUCAAUGCUUGUCUACUCCUAAUGCUUCUCUUUUUCAGUUCGCCGCUAGCAAUCAUCAAUGCAAUGAGCAGCGCUGCAAGGAUAAUCAAUGCAGGGGCUGUUGAUCAUGCUAAUUCAUGGUUAAAUUGGCUUGAGGGAUCGAGCUGGUUUGGAGCUUUAAUUCUUCAGUUCUUACCAAAUGUCCUAGUCUUCGUAAGCUUGUAUAUAGUUAUUCCAUCUGCUCUUUCCUAUCUUUCCAAAUUUGAAUGCCACCUUACUGUCUCUGGGGAGCAGAGAUCCGCUAUGCUAAAGAUGGUUUGCUUCUUUUUGGUGAAUCUCAUUCUCUUGCGUGCUAUGGUGGAAUCCACACUCGAGAAUGCAAUCCUUCGAAUGGGUAGGUGUUACUUGGAUGGGGAAGAUUGCAAGCAAAUUGAACAGUAUAUGAGUGCUUCUUUCCUCACGAGAUCAUGCCUAGCCACCCUUGCAUUUCUCAUCACAAGUACCUUCCUGGGGAUUUCCUUUGAUUUGCUAGCUCCAGUGCCUUGGAUGAAGAAUAUUUUGAAGAAGUUUAAGAAGAAUGACAUGGUUCAAUUAGUUCCAGAGCAAACUGUGGAGAGCACAGUAGAACAGAAUGGUGUAGGCAAUAAUUUGCGGAUGCCUCUCAUUUCCGAGAGGGAAGGUAGUUUGGAUUUGAAUGGUCUUGAGGUACACGAUCUUUCUGUGUACCCGAUAAGCAGGAGUUUCCACACGCCAAAGCAGGCAUUCGACUUUGCGCAAUAUUAUGCAUUUAAUCUCACAAUUUUCACACUCACCAUGAUCUAUUCCUUGUUCGCUCCACUUGUGGUUCCUGUAGGUGCAAUCUACUUUGGCUACCGGUACAUGGUGGACAAAUACAACUUCUUAUUUGUAUACAGAGCUCGAGGCUUUCCUGCUGGUAAUGACGGAAAGCUAAUUGACAGGGUCUCAUGCAUUAUGCAUUUCUGUGUGGUGUUGUUCCUUCUCUCGAUGGUAUUUUUCUUCUCCGUCCAGGGUGACUUUACAAAGCUGCAAGCCACCUUUACACUAGGGUUGUUGUUCGUCUACAAAGUGCUCCCAACAAAAAGUGAUGCAUGCCGGCCAGCUUUAUUGGAAGGAAUUCAGACAGUCGAUAGCUUUGUAGAUGGUCCAACUGAUUAUGAGGUUUUCUCAAACAUCAACCUUGAUUGGGUUAUUCAUGAAUCACAAUCAUAAUAAUACUUGAAUUCCAAAUUCAUUUUACUUCAUGUACAGUUUGUUACAUCACGUGCUUGGUUCUAAUGUAACUACGGCUAUAGCUUGGGCAUUCUUUUUUACUGUAUGUACUACCCACAUGCAUAUAUUUGCACCAUGGAGUCUAUAAUUUUUGUUGUUUUAUUUGAGAUGCUUGCAAAGCGUCGGCAAUGCCAUUCAAAAAACUGGUGGAUUCUGAUUGUGAAAGUAACUGAUGAAGUCUUACUUUGCCCAUGCCUUUUUUUUUUGUUUCUUUUUUUUCUACGGCUGUUUGUCAUAGAUCAAUUUUAUCCUUUCAUUCACAA